AUGUCGACUAUUCCCGGAACGCAGCAGCUGCGCUUCCGAAAACCGUCGCGGCCAUCUUCGGCACGGAGUGCGACUUUACCUUCACCAAAACCCGCGGGGUCUACUGAGAGCCUGCUCAGAGAGAAGACGACCGCCUACAAACCCACAAGCAAGGGAGUUUCAUGGUGCCCAAGCUUCCUCACAGCUGUUAGAAUCCUUCUUCUUGUGCGGUUUUGCUCCGCCAUGUUUUCCAACAUUUCCGACUGUGACGAAGUCUUCAACUUCUGGGAGCCCCUACACUAUUUACAACGAGGCUAUGGGUUCCAAACGUGGGAGGUCUCACCGCAAUUUGCCAUCAGAAGCUGGGCAUACAUCUUUUUGCACUACCCAUUCGCCACAAUAGGUACUUUUCUGUCUAAUGGAAAGGGCGUGUCGUUCUUCGCUGUUCGUGGCGUACUCUCGUUGAUCUCGACAUUAUGUGAAGCAAAAUUAUUCCGUUCAAUUGUCGAGAACGUCAAUGAGCGUGUCGGGAUCUAUUUCUUCUUCAUGCUCUUGACGAGCACGGGUAUGUGGAGUGCAUCAACGGCCUUUUUACCCUCGACCUUCGCCAUGUACUGCAACAUGGUCGCCUUUUCGUUUGCCCUCUCACCAGCUAAGAGCAAACGGCCUGGAUCGACGGAUAUCAGAACGAUGUCGGCGACGUUAUUAUUCGGCGCUGGUGCAAUCGUCGGAUGGCCGUUCAGCAUUCUCGUCUCGCUCCCUUUCGUAUUCGAAGAGCUCUUCGUCUAUAGUGGAGACGUCGUUCCCGAUAGUCUAGCAGGUUCAUGGAUUGUGGAGAGGUGGAUCCGAAUGGUUGGAUCUGUUACGCUAACUUCAUUACUCUUCCUGCCUGUCAUUGGGAUAGACAGUCUAGCAUACGGAAAAUUCGUUGUGGUUCCUUGGAACAUCAUUCGCUACAAUAUUUUCGGCGGCUCAGAACGUGGACCGGACCUCUAUGGCACAGAACCGUGGUAUUUCUAUCUCUUCAACCUCGCUCUCAACUUCAACGUUUUGCUCCCAUUGGCACUUCUCUCUGUGCCAGCAUUGAUUGUCACACACCGUGUUGACUAUAGUCGGUUGGGCAUCAAGAAACACACUGAUCACGAGAGUUCUCCUUAUACUCUCCUCGUUAUUAGACUGGCUCCAUUCUAUCUUUGGUUUGGUGUCCUUACAGCACAGGCACACAAGGAGGAAAGAUUCAUGUUCCCAAUAUACCCUUUCCUUUGUUUCAAUGCUGCCGUCACACUCUAUCUAGUUCGAGGUUGGUUGGAGGCGCUCUACAUUAAAAUGACAUCACAAUACCAGGCAUCGCGUACUUCAACCAUGAGGCUAUUCACGAUGAACGUGAUCAUUGCAACCACAGUAAUUUCUUCGCUUCGGAUAAUCGCACUUUACGCAUACUAUCACGCGCCAAUGACCAUGGUGUAUCAACUGGAACAUGUCGAGUUACCUCGACUCCUCAACGCCACCAAUCUCUUACCGCCUCUACCACCCACUCGUAACAAGAAAUACGAUAACGAUGUCUCUGUGGAUCUUUCCCUCAUCAAAGAGUUCGACCUGCGGUUGUGCAUCGGCAAGGAGUGGUAUCGUUUUCCCAGCCAUUUCCUUGUCCCUGAUGGGAUUGAGGUGCGCUUCAUGAAGACCGCGUUCGACGGUUUGCUUCCACAACCAUUUCCUCCAAGCAAAGGCGAUUCCGUAUGGGCCUGGGAUGGCACACGGGAAUCCUCUCCAGGCUUGAACGACUUGAACAUGGAGAAUCCCACCUUCUAUGUCGAUCCUUCUACGUGCGACUAUAUUAUCGACCUCGACUUUCCCUCGCGUGAAUAUCAAUCACGAGACUCGUGGUUCACCUACGACAAGGCCAACUGGGAAAAGGUUCAUUGUCGCCAGUUCCUAGAUGCCGAAAACUCGCCAGCAUUGUCCAGGAUACUUUGGCUCCCUGGCAAAAGAUGGUGGAACAUGAAUAUGUAUGGUGAUUACUGCCUGCUCAGGAAUCAAGAACGUGCCUCGACGAGAGAGGGGGGAGGAAGCACACUAUAUUGA